CCGCGUAUUUAUGUGUACAAUAUGGAUUGUUAUCUGAAGCGGAGGUUGUCCGCUCAAGAUAGAAAGAUACAGCCGCAGAAGAGUCGCGGUUCCUCUUCUCAACGAGACGCACCACGCUGCUCGGCCGCCGCCGCGACGCUUUUCGGCCAGUGGCUUGGAAAUUUGUUCGAAACCAUGCGUCCUAAAAUGCAACCGGUCAACCAGGAGGAGCCGCUGGACGACGACAUCCGGCGCGAGGUCGACGAUGACGAGGACGAAGAGGACGUGGACACCAGUUGUGGAUUUGGGCCGUGCAGGAAAUUGGCCUUUUUCAGCAAAUACUUCGCCAAUAAAAACACAUUCAUCAUAGUCUACGGUGUGCUUGGAUGCAUUUACGGCUCCACCUACGCUUAUUCAAACGCAACCCUUUCCACUAUAGAGAAGAGAUUCAAAAUUCCCAGCAAAGUCACAGGUGUGAUAUCUGUUGGAAAUGACAUCAGCUCGCUGUUCGCCGCCGGUCUGCUCGGCUACUACGCGGGCAAAGGUCACCGGCCGCGCUGGAUGGCAGUGGGCAUUUUCUGUGUGGCCCUUUUUUGUUUCAUCACUUUGCUGCCGCACCUGAUUUGGGGUCCUGGCGAGGACGCGCUCAGCCUCACCACAGAACACGGCGGCUUGAGCGACUCGUCUGACUUCGACGUCCACUUGAUUAUGAAACGAAAAACCCUGUGCCGAGCUGGAUUCAAUGACAGUUUAGCCGGCGCCGAAUGUAAGAAUCCUCAUGCAACAGAGGAAAGUGGGACUGCGCCAGCUGCCCUCCUCUUUCUGGCCCAGUUUGUUUCCGGUCUCGGAGGCUCCCUUUACUACACACUGGGCACAUCAUACAUGGACGAUAACAUCAAAAAGUCAAAGACGCCUGCACUUGUCAGUGUGACUUAUUUCAUGAAAAUGCUCGGUCCAGCCGUCGGAUACUCGAUCGGAUCGUUUUUCCUCAAAACGUACAUUUCGCCCUCACUGACGCCGACCAUCACCAAUACUGACCCAAGGUGGUUGGGCGCCUGGUGGGCCGGAUGGGCUGUGCUGGGGGUCCUGCUCAUCAUCUUGGCAUUCUUGAUCGCAAUGUUUCCGCAAACGAUGCCAAGGACGGUGAUCAGGAGGCGCGAGGCCAGAGCCAGAGGCGAAACGGUGGAACAAACUGCCAGCAGCGAGAAAGCAUCACUCUCGGAUAUGAUUGAGACAGUGAAGCGGCUGUUGAAAAACAAAGUCUACAUGUGCAACACCUUGGCCGCAAUUUUCUACAUGUUCGGCUUUAUGCCCUUCUGGAUGUACACGCCCAAGUACAUCGAGGUGCAGUACCGAAUCUCUGCAGCCAGGGCAAGUUUCUUCACAGGUUCCGUUGGUCUUGUGUUUUCCGCCUUUGGAAUUUUGAUAUCAGGCUUUGUCAUUACGCGUUUCAAGCCUGGAGCGCGGUCGCUCGCGUUCUGGAACGUGAUCGUGUCCUUGAUUGCCGUGGCGGCGACGCUCAUCUACCCCUUCUUGGGGUGCAGCGAGAGCGACUUUCAGAGCACGCAGAUGGUCAUGCACAAAGAUGAGGUCCAUCAAGCUUGCAACAUGAACUGCGACUGCGAUUUUGUGAAAUAUUCACCGGUGUGCUCAGAGGAUGGCCUAACGACGUUCAUAUCCGCCUGUCACGCCGGAUGUAGAGAUUUCAUUAUGGAAGAUGGUAAAAAAAUCUUCACAGACUGCUCAUGUAUUCCGUCCUCAACGAGGUCAGCAUCCCUCCAAAUGGACAUAAUUGAUGUGUCCAAUCAAACCGUCCAAGACUUGCUGACCGAAAACAUCACCACCAAUUUGGCUCUGCCACAAUUUUUCGGUGGCCGUGCAUUUUCAGGGCCGUGUCCUGUUGACUGCACAACCAUGUUCUAUUCGUACAUCGCCCUGGUGUGCCUACUUAAGUUCACAGGCUCGUCUGGCAGGACCAGCAACUUUUUGGUCUCCGUCAGAUGCGUGAAAGAAAAAGACAAGGCAACAUCUUUAGGGUUCGGAAUGAUGCUUUUUAGCUUUUUCGUUUUCAUUCCAUCGCCGAUUAUAUUUGGAUACAUCAUUGACAGUACUUGCGUUGUUUGGGGUAAGACGUGCACAAGGAAAGGAAACUGUUGGCUUUAUGAGGGCGAGUCCAUGAGGUUCAUCAUGAAUUUCACCGCCGCAGUUUUUGUACUGAUUGGUACGAUGUUCGACAUCGGCGUGUGGUACUUUGUGAAAAACCUGCAGAUCUUCGACAACGAGCCCAAGCAGGACGAAAACAAGGGCACCAAGGAGGAGCGCGAGCUGAUUGAAGUACAAAGGGCCGAUAAUGGAGUGCUCGCCAAGCCAAUAAGCAGUAGUGCCGCCGACCCCGCGGCGGAUAGUCGGUGAACGGCAGCAAUUUGCGAGGAAAGAGCAGCGAAGGACUCUCGCGCGCGCAACUGCCAACAUCCUUUCAAAGAGAAUCGAUUUCUUCCUUACACGUGCUCCUCCCGAGAUGACUAAAGUAAAAACGGAUAGCUUUUUUUUUUUUUUUUUUUUAAUUUGCAGACAUGUAUUUGAUAUCAAAAGAAAGAUAGUGAGAGGUGCUCAGUACUUUUUAGAAGAUAUAUGUAUACUAUGUAGACUAGCGCAACACACUCGGAGGCUCUCAGUAUUUUUUGACCAGAUUUUGUAAUGUGAUAAAAUGAAUUUUGUGCCUUGUUGAAUAAUGUUGAUAAUGUUGGAAGUUAACUAAUUAUAAUUGCACACUGAUCUUUAUUAAUUUGAUGACGAAACUAAUGUUAAUGAAAUAAAUAAUAAACAAACAAAAACGUU